ACCCGUGUAGUUCCAUUUUCCCUCGGCCUUACUCGCUGGUUGUGAGAUGAUCUAUGACAGGAUUUGCAACAGAUGCAUUGUGGGUUACGCAUUGCCCGAGGUUUCCCAUUAAGCUUUCCGAAACAUUUGCGACUCAAAAGUCUCAGGAUGGUGUAGUUCAUUGCCAGACCUCACCGCUUAUCGUCGUCGCUCGUUCAUGUGGUCCGCCAGGUCCCGAUGUUCUUGCCUGGUCUCCUUCGUUCCCUCGUCGUUCCACGAGCAGCAUGACGCAGUUGCUCCAUCUACAUCUUGACGAACCCACGCUUUCAAUAUAUGCUGCAUUCCGUUUGGACUUUCCUAGAAGCUUUGACGAGCUGUAAGACCAAGGCACCAUCAUAAGGAUUUCAAUGAACACACAUGAACUGGACUGACCUCUAUCAGCUACGAGAGCUUUCAAUGCAUGUUCUCGAUUGGGCUUUCUCUGAUCAAAU